UCUGGAGCCAGUCCAGGCUGGGAGUAUCCACAGCGCUGACCUCACGAGCAUCGGAUAUCCAGACCUUCAGACUGCAAAAACUCCUCGCACAGUACAGCCUGACCCAUUAUUCUCAUUGCAGCAUGAGCUUUUAAGGGGCUAUUUUUCAAGCGUGGCAAUUUUUGAACCAUUUUUCCCUGACAGAUGCUGAUGCGCCAUCCCAUGGAGCUACUGGGGACCAGCUGGGUGCUCCUUGCAGGGCUGCUGGUGCCUUUGUCACAGGCUGCAGAAGCAGUGGGACCCCUUGAGAGAAAAGCUGCCGCUGUGGGAUCCUCAGUGCUGCUUCCUGGGCCGGGUAACGUCACACACAUCUACUUCACACAGUGGGAGUACUUCAAUGGCACCAGCUCCCGCACCAUCCUGCAGUACUACAGGGGUUCUCACAGCCCAGCCAUUCAUGCACCCUACACAGGACGAGCCAUUUUCCAUCCAUUCAAUGGAUCUCUCUUGCUGGAGGACGUCCAGGAAAGCGACAGUGGCACCUACAAAGUGACUGUCAACGUGGGAGACAAGGAGAGCCUGAAAAUCCUGCUGGAAGUCCUUAAGCCUGUGUCCCGCCCCCAGCUCCGAACCAGUGCUCUCAUGGCCCAGGCCAGCGGUGAGGUGUUCUGCAAGGUGGCAGAGGGCAGGGUGGACACCAUCGCCUGGAAGAAGGACAGGCAGCCUCUUCCCCCGGACAGAGGUUUUCGCCUCUCCAACAGCCUCAGCAUUUUGUACCUGAGGCCAGCGAAGAAGUCAGACUGCGGCUCCUACUCCUGCAAUGCCAGCAAUGGGAUAAGCUGGCAAGAAACCUCCCUGAACAUCACCAUUGCAGGUCUUUCCCCUCCCUUGCAGGAUGUACUGAGGAUUGCGGUGGUUGCUGUGGUCUUCGCUGCCGUCUCAGGAUGGGGAAUAAUAUUUCCUGUCUGCCAGUCUGAAAAGCUGAGAAUAAGGGGGGAGCUGUGGAGGUGGCUGAGUGCCUACACCUGCGGGCUGGUGUGCAUCGCCUCCAUCCUGGCAGGCACCGCCGGGAUCCUCUGGAUGCGGGAGGAAGGUCCUUCAAUUGCAAUCAUAUUGCCAGAGAUUGCCCUUACGUACGUGAUGGUGGUAACCUUCCUGGUCUCUGCCACCGUGACCUUCCAGCCUACGAAGUUCAUCCAACUCAGAUCCAAAACAGCACAGCGCACGAUGGGCUACGCUGCUCCCGGAGGAGUGGUUUCGGUGGUGCUGACAACCAGCUUCCUCAUAAAGAACAUCCACAAUCGCCAUGAAGAAGGAUGCACAGAGUUCGUGGACGUGACCACCCUCGCGGUCAGCACUGCAGCUGUGUCGGCCCUCCCACUCCUUGCGAUCUUACUCUGCUUGAACACCAGACACCACCCCCAGAGUACAACACCCUGUACCAUGUGUUUGGUGACUCUCAUGUGCUUCCUCCUGACACCUUGGAACAGAUUUGGCCUUUUACAGAUCACACGACUCAGGGAUGGCUGAAGGGACACGAGUCCGAGUGGGUGGACAAGGCAAGGUCCUUUGAAAUGUCUCAGCCCAGCAGCAAGGAUGCCAUUUCCAUGUCUUAGAGGUCAACUGGGGUGUUCCUUGGUUGGCAGAGUCAGCUCAAUCUUUCUCCCAGGUUUGGUGGGUCGAGGGUUCUCAAUUUCACCCAGUUUGAGCCUCUGCAAUACCUGUAAUAAAUGGCAACUCAAUUAA